CCCCCUGAGCAAAAGGAAGACAGGCGGAAAAAAAAGUGCGACGAGAGGCCGAAAUCAAACCGACUGACUUGGUUUCCCCACAUCACAAGCACCCGUGGGCAAAGAGUCUGGGUCUGGACCCGGCCCUGUCCACCUCUGACCCGGUUCUGAACGAGUUAGAGACGUGGCAGGAGAAGAAGCAUGCCUCGCUGAAGUGAUCUCACCUGCCGCUGAAACACGGAGAGGAGAAACGGGCGAGUGUGAUUGAAUGUGGUCAUGGCCCACUGCACCAGUUUCCCGUAUGAGCCGGUGGCAGAGAUCGGCGGUGGCGCUUACGGGACAGUCUACAAGGCCCGGGACACGGAGAGCGGGAAGUUUGUUGCUCUGAAGAAUGUGCGUGUCCAGACAGACCAGAACGGCCUCCCGGUCUCCACGGUCAGAGAGGUGGCGCUGUUGAAGCGUCUGGAGCAGUUCGACCACCCCAACGUGGUCCGGCUGAUGGACGUCUGUGCCACCCCAAGGUCGGACCAGGAAACCAAAGUCACUCUAGUGUUUGAGCACGUGGACCAAGACCUGAAGACAUAUUUGGAGAAAGCUCCGGCUCCAGGACUAUCUUCAGACCGCAUCAAAGAUCUGAUGAGGCAGCUUCUGUGUGGCCUUGCAUUCCUUCACUCAAACCAUGUGAUGCACAGAGACCUGAAACCAGAGAAUAUCCUUGUGACCAGCCAGGGUCAGGUGAAGCUGGCUGACUUUGGCCUCGCUAAGAUCUACAGCUGCCACAUGGCCCUCACCCCCGUGGUGGUGACGCUGUGGUACCGACCUCCUGAAGUUCUGCUGCAGUCCACGUACGCCACUCCGGUGGAUAUAUGGAGCACCGGCUGCAUCUUUGCUGAGAUGUUCAGACGCAAACCUUUAUUCUGUGGAGAAUCAGAAAUGGACCAGCUUGGGAAAAUAUUUGAAGUUAUCGGCUUGCCGCAGGAGGAGGAGUGGCCGACCGGCGUCACCGUGUCGAGGAAAAACUUUCCCGCUGUCAAAGCUCGCCCGAUCACCGACUUUGUCCCAGAGAUAAACGAGCAGGGGGCCAAACUGUUGAUGCAAAUGCUGACCUUUGACCCUUUGAAGCGAAUAUCAGCGCUGAACGCUCUAGAACAUCUGUAUUUCCAGGAUGAGGAGACGUCGCCUCAGACAACCAGUUGAAAUCAUGCAGUAGAAAAAGAACCAACAGGAUCCAGCGCCCUCUGAGUACAGAUUAUGUUUAGGGAAUAUUUCUUAGUUGAUCCUGCUUCAGAAAUCAGGAUGAAACUCUGUGAGGAUGAAUUUGAUGAGCACUGCCAUGUUUUUGAGCUUGUACAAGUCACAUGUAAAGAUGUUAUAGCAGCAGUUAAAGGGCAGCACUAGUGAUUUUGAUGUUUAGUCUUGGAGUCAACAUGCAGAAAUGUCUCGUUUAAAUGCUGCUUUUGUUGCCGUACAUUCUCCAGAUAGGUUAGUGAUGUUUGUCUUACACAGCUGUAACCCGUGUUGAAGCUGCUCGCUGUCUAUAAUGUGAGUGGCUGUAUCUGAAUCAUGAACAUUUUAAAUAAAGUUUCAAACAGUUACAGAUAAACGCACAAAAGCUUAAAAAAUUGGAAUUUCUUUUGAGUUAUUGCACAAAAGUUUUUUGUGGAAUGAAUUUCACACCUUCAAAUGUCACUAAACACCACACACUGAAAUCUGAAAUGAAUAAAAGAAAGUAUUCAAUAA